CAGUGGUGGGAAAGUUCUGGCCCAAAGACGGGAGAGGGGAUGCGAGGCUAGCGCCUGCCGGUUGAAAACUAGACCUCAGUGUUCUCUUAACAGCCCCUCACCGGGCACAGCGCUCUACUGUAUAUGAAAUCCUUCCACGUCGCUUUUCUCCCUUGAUGCUUACAUAGCAGCUCUUGGAGAGAGGUCGGAGAAGGGACUGUUGUCCCAUUUCGCCGAUGGAGAAAACUGAGACUCAGAAUGCAGGAAGGAAUUGCCUAAGGCCACCCCUCAAAACCGUAGCCGUGCGACUCAGGUGAGAACUAACUAAGAAGUAUUCAGAAGCCAAACCAUGGAUCCACCGGCACGUAAAGAAAAAUCCAAAGUUAAAGAACCUGUCAGCAGAGUUGAGAAGGCCAAGCAGAAAUCAGCCCAGCAGGAGCUGAAACAAAGACAAAGAGCAGAGAUCUAUGCCCUCAACAGAGUCAUGACAGAACUGGAGCAGCAGCAGUUUGAUGAGUUCUGUAAACAGAUGCAGCCUCCUGGAGAGUGAGCCACCCUGUGUUCAACCUAGGUGGGACCCUGGAGGCUUGCUUUGUGAGCCUUGUUACCAGUUUUAAGCUGAGGUGGCUUAUUUGGAGCUUUACAGAACCAGACAAGAAGACAUUUGUGUUUUUCUUAAAACUGGAUCAAUCUGAACUGAUUUCCUGUAAUAACUUCCACUUCACUGGUUCCUCCAAUCUGAAUUGGCCCAAUGCUUACUGAAGAGACUUGUUUUCUUUUUCUAAGACAAUAGAUCCUUUUUUAAAAACAUUUUUCUAUUGCUUGAGAAAAUCAGUGUUUCUUGUAAAAUUGUGUUAUCUUCUCCAAAAAUGCAAAUAAAAUACUAGUAAAAUGUU